ACCACUCGUGUUAGGUAUUGAGGCGGAACGAACCACGGUUACCGUUUUAUAUGUACACACGCGCGCGCACAGACAUACACGCACGCACAUUCAAGCACAUUGGCCGCUAAUCCUAUUCGAAUCGGUCGCAGGAAAACUUUCAAAUGCUUCGUCAAUUAUUGUUUCGUUUGUAACAGGAGAACUUCAUUCGGACGGGCAGUGCAGUGCAGUGUUCGGGCGCGUUUAACGAGUUUACCAUUACAUGAGAAACAUACAAACAUACUAUGUCAGAUAAUUGUUUUGUUUUGGUCUAUUCGAAGUAGGAUGUAAGCACGCACGCAUUUGAUAUACACGUACAAACGACGACAAAUACCGACGACAAAAAGUGGCAGAUACUUCCAACCAACCACGGAAUCAGCAGUUGUAAAAUAAUAAUUCGCAGUCAUGGCUUUCAUAUACAUUGGAUACGCAUUAAUGAUAUUCAAAUUAUUAGUGAUGUUAUGGAUGUCCAGCAUAGGAGCUGAAAGUAUUACGCAAGAUUAUCAACCAUGCACCUUCAAUCCUCUCUGUUCAUGUACCAAGUCGUAUGAUAGCUUGGGCGAGGUACACUGUGUUGAUGUAUACUUUCCACGCAUACCGCCAGCUAUUAACCGAUCUCGGUUGUCGACAUUACAUCUCAGGAACAAUGAUUUAGACAGCAUAGAACCUUAUUUCCUCGUAAACACCGGACUUUAUAAGAUGACAAUCCAAGAUAAUCCAUUGACGUAUUUAAACGAUGACUCUUUAUAUGGAUUAGAGUAUUCAUUAUGGGAAUUGGAGUUGGUUGGUACACUUCUAACUUACGUUCCAACUAAGGCAAUACGGAUAUUACAAAAAUUAAAAAUACUUAAUCUAUCGGGUAAUCAAAUAUCUGAAAUAAAGAUGGGCGAUUGGAAUGGAUUAGAAAAAUCUUUAAAAGUUUUAAAACUUUCUAAUAAUGCACUCACAUAUUUACCUCACAGAGCUUUUGAUAACCUCGGACUGUUAGAGAAUCUUGAUUUGUCUGGUAACAUGAUUUCGGAAAUUCAUAUAAAUGCAUUUCAAGAUGGUCCAUUGACACUUUAUAGACUUAAUUUAGCUGAUAAUCUAUUAAAGUUCAUUCCUUAUUUGCAUUUAUCUUCAUCAGCAAUGAAAUUUUUGAAGUAUUUGGAUGUUAGUUACAAUUUAAUUGAAAGCACAAAAGGACCAAUAUCAACAGUAUCACCUCGGGGUGCCCGACGCAAGUUUUUUUUAGACGAACUGCAUUUAGAAUACAAUCAUAUAAAAACUUUAGAACAACAUAGCUUACAACAUUUUGAAGCUAUAAACAAAACAUAUUUUGACGGUAACCCGAUUACUCAUAUUCAAGAUGGAGCAUUUCAAAAUACUAAGAUUCGAGAACUAUAUAUGAUCGAUUGCAACAUUUAUAAUGUGUCAAUGGAAGCAUUUAAAGGCCUUGAAACAUAUUUACACACCUUGGACGUGUCGAAUAAUAAUAUAACAGAAUUUCCUGUUUGGAAGUUACAGCAAAAUUUUAACAUGCUUAUGAAAUUGGGAUUAAGAGACAACAAGAUAAAACAUUUAUUUCCUAUCCAUGAUGUGGAACCACUUAAAAAUAUGAAAUCUAACGAAAAGAAAAAAAUAAAAGAUAAAGCUGUAGAUCGUGAAGAAAACAGAGAAAAUUCUAAGGAAAAUGAGAAUCAUCACGAAUUUUAUUCUUUACAAGAUUUUGAUUUUUCUGGAAUGAAAAAUGGUCCAUUUCAAAUCAAUUCUAUUAACGGUUUUAAAUAUCUUCGUCGUCUUUCUCUAUCAAAAAUGAUAACAUCUUCUUUAGAGCCAGAUAUGUUUGCGAACUUCACUAUUGAUAUGGAAGAAUUACAAAUCACAGGAUCAGAUUUGAAAAUAAUUAGAGCACAUGCGUUUAAGCAUAUUCACGGUUUAAAAUAUUUGGAUUUGUCGGAUAAUAUGAUCAACGUAUUGGACUCUGACGCAUUUAAAGAGAUAGGACAUUCAUUACAAUACCUCAAAAUGUCACACGCUUUUGCGCCAUCUUUUAAACUUAUACCUGGAGAUGCUUUUCGGUAUCUAUCUAAUUUGAAGUACAUGGAAUUAAGUAAUAAUUAUUUGCAAUACCUUCGAGAAUCUACAUUUCUUUUUCAAACAAAUCUGAGAACUUUAAAGCUUCAAGAUUGUAUGGUAGAAUACUUACAUAAAGGAACUUUUCAAAGUACGAGCCAUAGUCUUUUAGAAGAAAUUUAUUUGUCUUUUAAUAUGAUAAAGAAAAUUGAAGAAGGAACGUUUGACGAUUUACAAUCGUUAGGAAAAAUUCAUAUAGAUGAAAAUCGAAUUAAUCGUAUUGAAAAACAUGCUUUUACCAACAUGGAACGUUUACGAUGGUUAAUCUUAAGAGGAAAUCAAAUAGAAAAGUUAGAUAUAGAAGCAUUUCAAAAUUUACCAUAUUUACAAGAAUUAGAUUUAGCGUAUAAUCAUAUUAAAAAUAUGGAUUUUACAUUUUUAGAUCAGGUUGGUAUGCUCUCAUACUUCCGUAUGAAUGUUAGUCACAAUCUUCUAUCAAAAUUAUCUUCGAAUUCCAAUUUUUCAACCAAGGAUUAUUAUAUCCAAUCAAAUAUUCGAGUCUUAGAUAUUUCAUAUAAUAGUAUUAAAAGCAUUGAAGACAAAUAUUUUUCUCCAAUGGAGUCAAGUUUAAGUUAUUUACAUAUGUCUUUUAAUAAUAUGUGGCAAUUGUCCAGAAAUGUAUUUGGUAACUUAUAUAAUCUUAUUUGGCUGGAUAUUGGACAUAAUCAUAUUACUGAAGUGGGAUUUGAUUCGCUCAGAGGAUCGAAAAAAUUACAAGUUAUCAUUAUGAACCAUAAUCAUUUAGUGGAUUUACCCAAUGAUUUAUUUAAAGGAUUUACCGAAUUACGGUUGGCUGAUUUUUCAUACAACAAAAUUAGGGUGUUACCGGAUAUGUUUUUCACUGAAGAUAAUUUGGAAGUAUUAAAUAUGGCUCAUAAUGAAUUGUCACGUAUGCCAGUUUUGUCAUUUGCCGUAAAUUCAGCGAGUAUUUUGUGUGACAUGAACUUAUCUUUCAAUUCCAUAACGGCAUUGCCGGUUUUUGAAAUGUUUUCUAGAUUUAAAUCAUUAAAACGAUUAAAUUUGGCUGGUAAUCGUUUGGUACAUUUAGAAGAUUCAAACUUUGCGAGUUUAAUCCACUUAACUUAUUUGGACAUAAGUCAUAACAAUGCUUUAGUUUUUGAAAACAGAGGUCGUAUGUUCUUAGGUCUUGAACAGUCACUUCAACACCUUAAACUUAAUAACGUAUCUUUAACGUUCCUACCAGAAUUAUCAUUACCUUCUCUACUAAACUUAGAUUUAUCGAGGAAUCAAAUAUCAACUGUAUCACCAGAUAGAGCUUCUAAUUUAUCAUCACUACGAAGUUUAGACUUGAGCCACAAUGAGUUAAUUGGAUUUCCAUCCAUUAUAAUGAACUUACCAGAACUCAAUUAUCUUAAUUUAGCUAAUAAUGAUAUCUACGAUCUAAACAAUAGCACUCUUAACAUGGGUGUUCAAAAACUGAUAUCCUUAGAUAUAAGCUAUCUGCCAUUAGUAUCAUUCGAAACCGGCGCUUUAAACAAAAUGGUAUCAUUACAAACGUUAGUAAUUAGUACAUUCGUUGGUAUCAAGGAUUUUAAUAUUCCCUCUGUGAUUUCGGACAUACAUUCUUUAAGAAAUUUAAAUCUUAAAGUGGAUAAACUAUCACGAAUGGGCAAAGAAUUUAAUGGUCUAUUUCCAUAUAAAUUAAGAAACUUGACGAUUAGCGGAAAAGCUUUACAUGGAUUAAUAUCAAAUAACAUAUUUCAAGGUCUGAGGUAUCCAAAUUUGAAUUUAACAAUUUUUAAUACAAGCUUGGACAUGAUAUCAGCUGAUAUUUUCCGACACAUGGGGAUUGUAAGAAAUAUUAGUAUAGACAUCAGAAAUAAUUCGUUGAAAUCAUUUGGAAAUCCGUCCACUAGUUCUUUACCAAAUCAACAUGGCCAAACUUUUUUAACUUCAUUGAAAGUAUCUGGAAACCCAUGGAUCUGUGAUUGCAAUAUCGGUUGGAUGGAAGUUUGGCAUCGUAAAAAACGUCAAUUUUUGUGCAACCAUGAAGACUCGUCACCAGCACCUUCAAAUAGGUUUAGAGAUAUAGAACACUAUUCGACCAGUAAAUCUACGUGUCUCAUCAGUGACGAGGAUCUAAAACUAGCUACUUGUGCAGAUAAGAAAAAACCACUAGCCGAAGCUUUUAAAAAUGAUAUUGAAUGUGGAUGGGGAACUGCUAGCAAAUAUGAAGCGAAAUUUACAAUUGUUAUUGCUUUAAUAAUGACAUAUAUUCUAAUAUAAUUUUCUUAUUACCAAUAAUAGAU